GCCUCUGGCCAGGCAAACGCCGCGGCUGAAAUGCAAUAGGCGCGCAACCGAAGCUGCCGUACAUCGCGCGCCAGCAGGUUUUUCAGGCCCGCCAGCGCCGCUCUGCCAUUAUACAAACAUACUCCAGACACAGGCCAAUACAUCCAAGUCAACGACAUCACACACAGUGCAAGAAACACCACUCGAGCUACGUCUCGCGCGAAAACACUCUUGUCCUACCUGCCGACUUGGGCCUGCGUCUCUCGACAGCCGGCUGAGCCUGUCCUAUAACCAUAAGCUCAUACAUCUAAGGAGCCAGCCCAUAUGGCUCGCUCUUCAGCAAGUCGCCCCACGAUGGGCGCCUUGGCGCUGCUUUUGGUGGCGAGCUGCUUUGUGGGCGGCGUGUUCAGCGCUCGCAUGGCGAAGCUAGCGCUAGAUGACUCCGCCUCUGUGUCAGACGCCUCCGCCUCCUCUGCCGAUCAGCAGCAGGAGCUGGAGUCCGUGGUGUCGGCGCUGGCGCACAUGAACGCCGACAGCGAGGCCAUGCGCCGUGUGCUGGCGUCGGGCGUGUACCCGCCGUCGCCUGGCCAGCCCGUGUACUCGGCCGCGUCUGACAGCACGCCCUGCGGCGGCGACCUGGUGAUCAGCGUGCCUUCCGACCGCUCGGGCAGCUCGGAGAGCGUGCCUCCUCGCGGCAGCCAGUCGGAGCUACCGCCGCGCCUGCGCCGCACGGCCGUGGGCGGCAUCCGCAUCACCGUCAAGGCGCAGGCCAAGGGCGCCAAGCCCACCUUCAUUUCGUCGGUGCGCUUCAGCGGCCGCGUGCUGUACCCGGCCAACCCCGCCGCGUACGACGGCAUGUAGGGAGCUGGCGUAGGCAGGGUAGCUGCUGGCUGAGUGGCCGAGUGGUAGUGAAGCAUGUUGGCGGCUUGCAUGAGAGCAUUGGUAGAAGCGGACACGAACCCAAUCCAAGUGAUGCAUGCAAUUCAUGUACGGACAACCUAGCUUAUGGCAUUUCUUGAUUCUUACGGCGGUGGCGGCGGUGGCUUAGUAAUACCAGGACCUAAUCAUGCAUAUUCCUGCGGCCCCGCACUGGGGCACACUAGCUCAUUACGGACCCUGCUGGCUGGGUAACGGUGACAACGGUGGUGUUAUUGAUUGAUUGGUGUGGAUCAUGAUUGGCCUCUAGCACAUAGAGCUGGCCCUAGAACGCAGCACGCAAUUCGUGUGGUGCAGCAGCGCUGAACAGGUGCAUGCAUAGCAGCAAAAAGCUUAGGUCCGUGUGAUUGACCUUACAGGGGGCGUUGGGGAAGGGAUGUGGCCACCAGCACGACACCUCGUGGCUGCGCCGCAAUGCGUGAAUGCUAUGAUUGAGGGCACGGCCCUCAGGUCCCACAAGCAAGGACCGCAGUGAACCGGUCAACGCUUUGUGUAAUCCACUACCAGAUGAAGCUUGCUGUCCGCUCCAUGCCUCAGCCGCCACCGCUCCAGCCACCGCAGCCGAAAAUCUGAGUGCCGGCGUGCAAUCUGGGUCGGGUCUGCAGCGCACCGUACACCGCAAUCCUGGGAUGUUGGGAUGGAACGUGGCUGAAAAUCGAGGGCCGAUCUAGGCUGUGCGUCAAAUGCCACGACAUUCGACGGGUGUCAGUACAUGCUCAGCAUGUCACAGGUGUGUCCGGGCGUAUCGCAGUUAUGGGCUUAUGGCACCACAAAGCACAUGAUGUGAAUGGCAGCAAACCCUGACGUAGCGUCUGUGCAGGGGAACGUAAACAGAGCGGGCGGUGAGCCAUGACAACAUCCCUUGCGCCAGGGGCCGCGGCCUGCGAGGCCUGUCCGUGCGAGACUGCGAGGCACCUCCGAUGCCCGGAACCUCACCCCGCGCUCAGCCCCUUUGUGCCCUUCCAGUGUGGUGUUUGUGCAUGCAAGCUAUAGAUGCAUAGCGUCCAUGGGUGAGGCUGGACUGACAACAGCCAGUUGCAUGGUCAGCCUGCGAGCAGGGCGGCACGCGGGUCGGACAUGGUCCAGCAUGCGUGCAACGGGCUCUGAGUUCCUGUGGCCCAAGGUGCUGCUGGAUAGUCAUACGUAUACUGAGUAUCAUACACAUACCAUGUGAUGCCUCUGGCCAGGCAAACGCCGCGGCUGAAAUGCAAUAGGCGCGCAACCGAAGCUGCCGUACAUCGCGCGCCAGCAGGUUUUUCAGGCCCGCCAGCGCCGCUCUGCAGUUAUACAAACAUACUCCAGACACAGGCCAAUACAUCCAAGUCAACGACAUCACACACAGUGCAAGAAACACCACUCGAGCUACGUCUC